CAUCCGCCGAAAUUUCGAAGAAAAGAAGAAAAAAAAAAAAAAACGAAGCUCGUUUCUUUGUUUUCUCCGAUCAAAACACAGCAAUCGAAGCUCUUCUCUUCAUUUUCUAGGGUUUUCAGUGAGAUGGAGAUCCUGAACAAGCUCAAAAAUCUUGAUGCUUAUCCAAAGAUCAAGGAGGAUUUCUACAGCCGAACUCUCUCCGGCGGCAUCAUCACCCUAGUCUCGUUCGCUCUCAUCCUCUUCCUUUUCCUCUCUGAAGCGAGACUGUUUCUGUUUUCAGAGACUGAGACAAAGUUGACUGUAGAUACUUCAAGAGGAGAAAGAUUACAUGUCAAUUUUGAUAUUACCUUUCCAUCUGUUGCUUGUUCACUUCUUAGUGUGGAUACAACGGAUAUCAGUGGUGAACAACAUUAUGAUAUUAGACAUGACAUACUUAAGAAGAGAAUAGAUCAUCUUGGCAAUGUUAUUGGGUCAAGGCAAGGUGGUAUUGGUGCACCAAAGAUUGAAAGGCCUCUGCAGCGGCAUGGAGGCCGGCUUGAACACGAUGAGGUCUACUGUGGUUCAUGCUAUGGUGCUGAAGUUUCCGAUAAUGACUGUUGUAACUCGUGUGAAGAGGUACGUGAGGCUUAUCGAAAAAAAGGAUGGGGUCUUAAUAACCAAGAACUCAUUGAUCAGUGCACGAGAGAAGGUUUCAUUGAAAAGGUCAAAGAGGAAGAAGGUGAAGGAUGCAACAUCAAUGGGUUCUUGGAAGUAAGCAAAGUGGCGGGAAAUUUCCACUUUUCUCCCGGAAAAAGCUUCCACCACUCUAAUAUCCGUGCGCAGGAGUUAUUAGCUGUUCCAAUAGGAAAUUACAAUAUAAGUCACAAAAUAAACAAACUGUCGUUUGGAAAAGAGUUUCCAGGUGUUGUAAAUCCCCUUGAUGGUGCUCAAUGGACUCAACAGAUGUCGAGUGGGAUUUAUCAAUAUUUUGUCAAAGUUGUUCCCACAAUUUAUAUUGACAUAAGAGGACACAAAAUUCAUUCCAACCAGUUUUCAGUGACGGAGCACUUCAGCGAUGAAAAAGAUAAUUCUAAGUCCCUUCAGGGGGUGUUCUUCUAUUAUGACUUCUCACCAAUUAAGGUGAUCUUCACUGAAGAAAAUAAAUCAAUUCUGCACUUCCUGACAAAUAUCUGUGCUAUAAUUGGAGGUGUUUUUACAGUAUCUGGAAUCAUUGAUGCUUUUGUUUAUCAUGGUCACCGUGCGAUUAAGAAAAAGGUCGAUCUCGGCAAGUACAGGUAAUCAGAUCACCUUCGACAUUCUUAGUGCCCGUAUGAAUCAAACCCUCAGUUUGAAGAAGGGAGCAUUUGUAGAAGUUGAAUAUGAAUUUGGAAGAGAGCUUAAGCCAAUUAGGGAGAUCAAGUACUUGUCAAUACAUAGUCAAAUGCUUUGUACUAAUUGGAAUGUGAAAUGUUUUGUAUCAUACUAUCAUUUUGACAGAAAUAAGGCAUGGGAAAAAUAUAUAUUAUUGAGAAACA